AUAACCGACUUGUUUGUAUCUUGUGUAUAAAGAAAAUCAGAAUGACGACCGCGGCGCCAUCUUUAAGCAAGCACAGCCGCUACUUCACCACCGUCACGCCGGAGCGCUUCGCCGUCCUUCGCGGCCGCUUCGACCAGUUCAUCGUCGAGCUGGACAAGGACGUGUCGGUCGUCAAGGUCUUCGACCAGCUGCGGGACGAGCAGCUGGAACAGCUAGCCGUCAUCAGGGAGGUCAGCCAGACGCUUCAGCAGAAGAAGGAUGAGGAUAUCUUGAAGGCUAAGCAAGCGGCAGAGGAAGCUGAGAAGAAAGCAGAGGCUGAUGCAGCAAAGAAAGAAGAAGAUAAGGUGGAAGAAAAAAAAGAUCAAGAAGUUAAAGAAGACAAAAUGGAGACUGUAGCAGCGUUAUACUCGCAAUAA